AUGGUUAAUGUUUGCACUACUAAUGCAACGAAUAGAGUUGGCGGUAGAAUACACACCAUUUUUUUGGAUGAAGACAGAGUGGAGUACGGAGCUCAGUUUUUACACGGUGACAAGAGUGAUCUUGGUCAGUUUUGUCAUGACUUAACCCUUUUAUCUGAUGAUCAUUCUGGCGAAGCUCAGGGUGUUUAUAUUCGUGACGAUGGCCUUGAAAUUGAAUCACAUUUUGUAGUUGAAGUGGACGAUUUCGUGAGAUAUACAUUGGAAGAAUGCGAGCAAUAUGCGAGCAAAAAUGAGAUUUUACAUCCUGAGGUGGGCCAGAAUAUUGGGCAGAUUCUUCGUACGCGGUUUAUCAAGUAUUUAAACGAUAAGAAUGAAAAUGAGAGAGUUAAAAAUAUAAUGGAGGAGUUAUUCGAUUGGAAUAUUAAAUUCCUUAAUAUUGAUAAUGCAUGCUUGACAGUGGAUGAAUUGUCGGCCAAGGGAUGGGGUAAGUUCAAGUUUGUUGGUGGACAGGAACAUUCCAUAUUCAAGGCAGGAUAUAGCUCUGUAAUAAAAGCUAUUGCUGACAGUCUAAAACAAAGUAAUUUAAGAUUGAGUAGCCCUGUUGAAAAAGUCGAAUGGAGACAAGGAAUCAGCAAAUAUGAUAGAGAUUUGAAGUCAGUAGUCCUUAUUUUAACUGACAAUCGAAAAAUAUUUGCGGAUUGUGUGAUAAUAACUUCUUCGCUAGGCUAUUUAAAGGAAAAUCAUGAAAAAAUAUUCCAUCCCUUAUUGCCCCAUAAUUUGAGACAAGGAAUUGAAAGUCUCGGGUUUGGUCUAAUUAACAAGAUAUUUCUCGUGUUUGAUGAAGUUUGGUGGAAAGCGGGAACAAAAGGAUUUCAGUUUAUUUGGCGAAAGGAUAUUGAGAGUAAUUUUAAUCCAAAUGAGAAAUUGGCUUCGUGGACUAAAUACUUAACCGGAUUUGAUAUUUUAAAAGAAGAUAAGAAUGGAGUUCUUCUUGGUUGGAUCGGCGGCAGAGGCGCUCAUAUUAUAGAAACAUUGAGCGAACAACAGGUGGCACAUGAUUGUCUAAAAUUGCUCAAAGUUUUUUUGAAGGGAAAGGAUAUCCCAUUUCCAAGAAGAUGCAUGAGAACUCGAUGGUAUAAUAACAAGUACGUCAGAGGUGCCUACAGCCAUAUCACAACUAAAUGUGAUAAAAAUGAUAUUUCGCCAGCAAACUUGACGGAACCAGUUUGGGGCUUUACCUUAGCCGACAAUGGAAUGAAGGUAUGCAAUAUUUUAUUUAAAAGAACGCUUCGCGUAUAUUUUCCCAAAAAUUAUAAAUAAUGCUCUUUAUUUAAAAUUGCUUACUGCUAUUCAGUAUUUCCAUCAAAAACUCAUGCACUUUGUUGUGGUGGCUUAGAAACAUCUAAUAAAUUAAAAUAAGUGACUAAAAAUACUUUGAAUGUUCAAAACGCUAAGACAAAUUGUAUUUUAAUUUUACCGCAUUUCAUUCUACGAAAUGUAAACCGCUCCCAGUAAAACUUGGGUAAAACGGAAGCUGCGAGGUUAGGUAGGUGACUGAAGCGUAAAAUGGAUUUAAUAAAGCGAUUUGGCAAGAGAAUUGUGUGCUUUAAGGAUUACUGCCAUUUACAUUCUACCGUGAAGUGAUUCAGCAUAUUGCUGACGUGCAAGUUGGAUUUUAAGAUUUCUAAUGAUUGAAAGCGUUAAACCGCCGAGACCACCAAUGAGCAGGACAAAUAUUUUA